AUGCUGGAAAAUCUAUUUAUCUUUGCAGCCAAGAAGCAAGUAGAAUCCGACGAGGCCAAGGUACAAACCAGAGAUGAGAAAAAGCUUUCCAAAGAAUGUCUUAAAGAAGAGAAAAAUACUCCGCCACGUGACCUUGCCCUUAAUAAACCAGCACAUUUGACCUCGGGAGGUAAAUUAGGGAACGUCAGUAGUGGAGGCAUGAGCAGUAGCUUAAGUGGUAGUGCUGUCGGUAGCGUCAACAGCGGAACAACGAUUGUCUCCCCGUUGAGCUCUCCAGUAUUGCUUGGAGACUAUAGCCAGCCAGAGCCAUCGCUGCCCCUGAGUCGACACCACCAAGUGCAAUUGCUACGGCAACAACUUGAGCAGCAGCAACAGCAAACCCAGGUGGCUAUUGCCCAGGUGCAUCUUUUGAAAGACCAAUUGGCUGCAGAAACAGCUGCCCGCAUCGAAGCACAGGCUCGAGCCCAUCAACUUCUCUUACACAAUCGCGAUCUUCUUGACCACGUGGCCCAGUUGAUAAGCCGUAUACAGGACCUGGAAAUGAAAGUGAACGGCAUAUCUGCGAGCUCAGAAAGACUCUUCCAAACUACACCACAGAUUCCAGUUUUACCUGACCCAACAACCCCUCAAUCAGGUCCAGUUUAUCUCCCAGACUUCCGGGACAUGGAGAAUACCUAUUUGAAUUCUGUUCCGGAGAAUGCUCUGUUUGAAAACACAAAAACUGAACAAGACACAGACUCUCCGGACAGUGGUCACAAGGAGAUGUCUUCGGAUAGUUUGUCCUGCAACCUGACCAACAGUUCCGACUCCAAAUGCUGGCAGUACGAUAGUUUCUGCCGGCAUUCCCAGCCCGGCAACAACUACAGCAACACGAAUACAGGCCCCAACAGUCUGGUCUCGCCGAAAAGACGCGAUGAUAUCAAGAUCAUAACACCUGUUCCUGCCCAAGAUGCCAGUGGCAAUCGGCUCGAGUUGAAGUUGGGCAUUGCCCCGAAAAUCGAUCCACCGCCCAAGUACACGAGGAGCCCACGCCCCCUGUCGGUCGAGUCUGACACCUCGAUCAAUUUUCGUGACACGAACGCCAACACCCAGCAUCUGAAUCAACGCAAUAGACAGCAAAACCAUUCGGACACCAAUGAUUACUACAGUAGCAGCACAGCGGCGCUCAAUCCGGGCCAACGGCAGCAGACCAUCGAGAACUACCAAAACUGCGACUUUCGCCAGUCGACCCACAGCAAGUCGUCGUCGUCGACAUCUCUGACGUCCCUGACGAUACCAACCACAAACUCGGGGACGAUAUCGACAACAAAGAUGCCGCUCAACAGUCACCCGCCGACAGUGCACAAAAUCCACAUCAACAAUCUAAUGAUCGGCGGGAUGAAGAUGACCACCCCGUUGCCACCCCUCGGAACCAAAAACGCUGUCAUCGUAAACGGCACUGGUAACAAUAGCAACGGAACGACGAGCAAGAACGCUACCACUUUGUCUUCGUUCACCACGUGUCCAGUGACGUCAACGACAUCAUCGCUGGCACUGACGACAUUCGCAACGUCUGCUGUCGCGAUAACAGCUACCCAGAAGCAACAACAACAACAACACCAACGACAACAACAACAAACGCAGCAAACUAAGCAAAUCUUAAAUACGAACAACAUCCAGCCCCCGGCCUACGAAGAUAUUUGCCCGCAACUUUUGCCUUGCACUAACUCGGAUGAUGAGAAUUCCGAAGAUUCGGGCCUGCCGAUCGUUCAUCAAGUGCCGAGACGGCUUGACUCGAUGACCUUCGACGAAUUUGAAGCCCUUAGUAUUAAUAAAUUGAAACUUUUCCGUGUUUCCUCAUUCUUUCUUUCUUUCUUCUUUUUUUUCUUCUUUUUCUUCGUCUUCCUCUCUUCUUUUUCUACUUCUCUUUUUCUUCUCUUCUUGUGUCUUCUUUUUCUUUCUUCUUCUUCUUUUUCGUCUACAUUCGUCGUCUUCUUUCUUCUUUUUUUUCUUCUUUCUUUUUCUUCUUUUCUUGUGUCUUCUUUUUCUUCUUUUUCUUUUUUCCUUCUUAUCUUUCUUCUUUCUUCUUCUUCGUCUUCUUUUUUCGUCUUCCUCUCUUCUUUUUUCUUCUUUCUUUUUCUUCUCUUGAGUCUUCUUUUUCUUCUUCUUUUUCUUCUUACUUUCCCUCUUUCCUAUCAAGGUUACCGUAUGUUUUCUUCUCUCUCUCUCUCUCUCUCUCUCUCUCUCUCUCUAUCUAUCUAUCUAUCUAUCUAUCUCUAUAUAAAUAUCUCCUUAAAUACUAAGCCACCAACUCGUUUUCCGUGGAGGACAUUUUGA